CCUUUCCAUCCACAACAACAACGACCACAACAACAGCAACGACAGGCACUUUUGAAUCACAGACCAAACAAUGGCGUUCCCAAUAGUGUUCCGCAAAACGCUGUCCAGCAGUCUGUGGGCCAUAACAUGGGUCCGCAUCAGCCGAAUCAUCAGCAGUUCUUCACAGUGAUGGCACCACAACAGCAUCACAUCCCACAGAUGGCCUAUAAUCUGGCGCCUCAUAAUAUGGCUCAUUCCUAUCAACAGAGGGCCUUAAAUCCGGCCCACAUGCAAUACUACAUGUAUGCGCACCCGCAACAGCAACAACAGCAGCCGCAACAGGCAUUUCAGGCCCAACCGGCGUACUCUUAUGGCAUGAAUGUCUACUCGUCUCACUUUAACCCUCAACCGGCGACUCAUCCAAACGCUCAAAUGGUGUCGUCACAGCUCCAGCCCAGAGGACAACCGGUUGCCGCUCAACCGGUCAUACAGACGACUCACCAGCCAUUGCCCGUUCAGAUGACUGCGCCCACCCCUGAGAUGAACACGGAGUCGCCCACACCGUCGUCAACGAAGGUGCCGAAGCGUACGCGCACUUUGGCCAUUCUUACGGAUCCCAAUAGUGGCAAAACCAUUGAUUUGGCCGAUUUGGCCAAAAAUCCCAUUGAAGAGGCCAACAGCCAAACCGAUGCCACUCUGAAGACUGAGUCACAUUCGGGAACUUCCAAUCCUCCGAAUACCACUCAAACGUUAGAGGAGAAGGAGAAGAACGCCCAGAUCAUAGCGUUGAACUUCGCGACGCAAGUGGCAGUCGCGGCGACGACCCCCACUCCAGACAAACCAAGUGCUGCCUCCCUUUCAACCACUCCUAAUGUGAAUGAAACAGUUUCGGCUAAUUCUAAGCCUCAACGGGAAGAGAAGACAGCUAUUAGUAAACCCAACACA